UCGAUGACGUGCGCGUUUCCAUUGUCAAGGUCGCGGUAUUCACGUGUUGCUUUAUAAAGAUGGUUAGGAAAUGCUUAAAACACAAAAGUAAGAGAGUCACUUGCCACAAGAAAUACAAGAUUAUUAAGAAGGUGAAAGAACACCAUCGGAAACUACGUAAGGAAGCGAAAAAAAACUUAAACAGACAGAGUAAAAAAGAUCCCGGCAUUCCGAAUAUACUGCCAUUCAAAGAGAGCAUACUGAAGCAUGUCGAAGAAACCAAGAAUAAAUUAGAAGAGGCGAAACUUAGGAAUUUCGAAUACUUGAAAAAACAAAAUCUUCGUGAAAAAGAUGUUGGUAAUAUGGCGGACGCGGUAGUCCAACAUGAUGUUAAGGACGUUAUUAACCAAUCCGACGUUGUUCUUGAAGUCUUAGAUGCUCGUGAUCCUAUGGGCACUAGAUGUUUAGAGAUAGAGAAGAUGGUUGCGAAUGAAAACAAGCGUCUUGUACUACUUGUCAACAAAAUAGAUCUUGUUCCACGGCCCAAUCUUGAUGCCUGGUUAAAUUAUCUGCGACGUUCUCAUACAGUUAUACCAUUUAAAGCCAAUAUACAACGUCAGAGUAACAAUUUAUCCUCCGGAAGGCCUUAUAUUGACAAGCAUGGGAAGAUGCCCGCCAAAGGUUAUGGAACUUCUGACUUACUGUCCUUGCUUGCAAACUACUCACGAGAUUCAAGUUCUGAACUUUCUGACAAGGAAAGUCGGCUAAGUUUGACAGUCGGAGUUGUUGGUUUACCUAAUACGGGCAAAAGUGCUCUCAUAAAUACACUAAAGCGGCAAAAAGUGUGUGCUAGUGGUAACGUUCCUGGUCUGACUCGCCAAUCACAGCGUGUCAGAAUUGAUAAAAACCUCUACCUACUUGAUACUCCAGGAACUUUGGUUUCGAAAACGUCUGAUACCUCAGAUCUUGUUCUGAAAAAUUGUGUUAAGCCCGAACUACUUCCUGAUCCUGUCCCAGCUGUCGAAGCAAUAUUACGUCGUUGUUCAAAAGACCAACUGAUGUCUAAAUAUAAUAUUGAGGAUUAUGUUGAUGUUUCCGAUUUUCUAGUAAAGUUAGCACGCCGUAUGGGUCGAAUGAAAAAAGGUGGUGUUCCGGAUAUCGUUAUGAGUGCACGUGGCUUAAUCAAUGAUUGGAUUACUGGAAAAGUCACUUACUACACCGAGCCUCCAUGUGAAGACAAUGCAGUGGAAAAUAAUUCUGACUUAUUAUCUAAAUGUAAGUACAUAUGAGACAUUGAUUAACUGUUUUAUUCAAUUUAUUGAGAAACUUAGUUUAAUUGUUUUCUUUCUGGCGAGGCUUAUAAUACUGUGUAAUGCGUUUAGAAACUUUUGACAAAUGGAG